UACGAUGAGCUGCCUCAGUAUCCCAGCGUGGACAGCGCAGGCCUGGCCAGCUUCUCAGAAGGGGCCCCUAGGGGGAGCGGGAGGCCAGCAGUGCUGCCCCAGGCCUCCUAUGGCUCUGCCCCGCCCCAAGGGCCAGCCCGGGUUCGAGCAAGAGGAGGAGAUGGCCUGAAGAGCGAGAAAGACGAGAUCUAUGGGCACCCGCUCUUCCCGCUCUUGGCCCUGGUGUUUGAGAAGUGUGAGCUGGCCACGUGCUCCCCUCGAGAUGGGGCCAGCCCUGGCCCUGGAGGCAGUCCGGGCCUGGGGCCUGGGGCCGAUGUCUGCUCCUCUGACUCCUUCAACGAGGACAUCGCAGCCUUUGCCAAGCAGGUCCGCAUGGAGAGGCCUCUCUUCUCCUCCAACCCAGAGCUGGACAACUUG